UUUCCACCACGCAGACUCUGCUGCGACUCCGACAGUCAGCGCCGUGGCGUGUGUCGAUCGAUGUGCUUCUUGCCAGCCGGAUAAAUUUGUCUGCUUGCAUCGCACAGUAGUCAACAGUCGGUCAUCGCUUAUGCGAUAAAUUAGCCGUUUUAAUUGGUAUCGUGCGACCAUUGCGGGAGUAAAGUAGACAGUUCUUCCGGCUUCCGUCGAAUAUUGCGAGGUCAGAGAAGGCUGGCUACGUUCUGUGGUGCUGUUGAAAACACACAAUGAAAAUGGCGUGGCAACCGCAGGAAGAAGGACUUAGGCAAAUUUUGACACUUCUCAGGGAGUCUCAGAGCCCAGACACAGCGACCCAACGCGCCGUUCAACAAAAAUUGGAGGAGCUUAACAAAUUUCCAGACUUCAACAACUACCUUAUAUUUGUAUUGACCAAAUUGACCUCUGAAGAUGAACCGACGAGAUCUUUGAGUGGAUUGAUAUUGAAAAAUAACGUCAAAGCACAUUUUAACAAAUUUGUACCUGAAGUGACAAAUUUUAUCAAACAAGAAUGUCUCUCCGCUGUUGGAGAUCCUUCCCCACUGAUACGAGCUACAGUUGGUAUCCUGAUAACAACAGUCGCAUCGAAAGGUGAGCUAACUUCGUGGCCAGAACUAUUACCGGCCCUUUGUCAAAUGUUAGAUUCCCAGGAUUAUAAUGUGUGCGAAGGAGCUUUUGGAGCCCUACAGAAAAUCUGUGAAGAUUCUGCUGAAUUAUUAGAUUCAGAUGCACUGAAUCGACCACUGAACGUCCUCAUUCCCAAAUUUCUGCAAUUUUUUAGACAUACUAGUCCUAAAAUAAGAUCCCAUGCAAUUGCAUGUGUGAACCAGUUUAUAAUCAACCGAACACAGGCAUUGAUGAUCCACAUCGAUAGCUUCCUAGAAAAUCUGUUCCAUUUGGCCACGGAUGACGACCCAGAAGUACGAAAAAAUGUCUGCAGGGCUCUGGUCAUGCUAUUAGAAGUCCGGAUAGACAGGCUCAUACCACAUAUGCACAAUAUCAUCGAAUACAUGCUGAUGAGGACUCAAGAUCCUGAUGAAGGCGUCGCACUAGAAGCUUGCGAAUUUUGGCUGUCUCUAGCCGAGCAACAAAUCUGCAAAGAAGCACUUGCUCCACAUUUGACAAGGCUGGUACCCGUUCUGGUCAGAGGUAUGAAGUACUCUGAAAUCGACAUAAUCCUGCUGAAAGGAGACGUGGAAGAAGACGAGAUGAUUCCUGAUCGAGAAGAAGACAUAAGACCCAGAUUUCACAAGUCAAGGUCACACCACACGCACCAUACCACCUUUGGAGCCAAACUUAUCGAUGACAAUGGCAUAGGUGACGAUGACGAUUCAGAUCCGGAAGAUGGUGGAGACGAUGAUUCCACACUUAGUGAUUGGAACUUGAGGAAAUGUUCAGCAGCUGCACUUGAUAUGCUUGCUAACGUCUUUCAGGAAGAAUUGCUACCUGUUUUAGUACCGAUAUUAAAAGAAACCCUUUUUCAUCAAGACUGGGAAAUCAAAGAAUCUGGAAUCCUUGCUCUCGGGGCGAUUGCCGAAGGCUGUAUGACGGGGAUGAUACCACACCUGUCUGAACUGAUACCAUAUUUAAUUGGAUGUCUCGGAGAUAAAAAAGCGCUCGUACGUUCCAUCACUUGCUGGACAUUGAGCAGGUAUGCACACUGGGUUUGCUCACAGCCUCAUGAAACACAUCUAAAACCGCUGAUGACAGAGCUGCUCAAAAGAGUUUUGGAUGGCAAUAAACGAGUCCAAGAAGCGGCAUGCUCUGCCUUUGCAACCCUUGAAGAAGAAGCAUCAACAGAGCUAGUUCCAUACCUAGGAUAUAUUUUGGAAACGCUAGUCUUUGCUUUUGGAAAAUACCAGCACAAAAAUUUGCUGAUACUUUACGACGCGAUCGGGACGCUGGCUGAUUCAGUGGGUCACCAUUUAAACAAACCUGACUAUAUCAACUUGCUCAUGCCACCAUUAAUAAAUAAGUGGAAUGUGUUGAAGGAUGAGGAUAAAGACCUCUUUCCCUUGUUGGAGUGUCUAUCAUCUGUUGCUACGGCUCUACAAUCUGGAUUUCUCCCCUAUUGUGAACCUGUUUACAGGCGUUGUGUGUCUUUGGUCGAGCAAACUUUGAAUCAGCAUAUAGCAAACACGCAAAGUCCUGAGCAAUUCGACGCACCAGACAAAGACUUCAUGAUUGUAGCAUUAGAUCUCUUGAGUGGAUUGGCAGAGGGCUUGGACGGGCACAUGGAAAGCUUAGUCGUCAACAGCAAUGUCAUGCAGCUUUUAUAUCAGUGUAUGCAGGAUCCUAUGCCAGAAGUUAGGCAAAGCAGCUUUGCGUUACUUGGCGAUCUCACCAAAGCGUGUUUCCAACAUGUUUUACCAUGUAUAUCGGACUUUAUGCCGAUUCUUGGACAGAACUUAAAUCCUGAAUUCAUAUCCGUGUGCAACAAUGCAACAUGGGCCAUUGGAGAAAUAUCCAUAAAACUUGGUGCCGAUACAAGUCCAUACGUUCCACUGAUCUUAUCUCAGCUUAUAGAUAUAAUCAAUCGACCAAAUACGCCUAAGACUCUCCUAGAAAAUACCGCCAUUACGAUCGGUCGCCUAGGUUAUGUGUGUCCCCACGACGUCGCCCCCAUGUUACAGCAGUUUGUCCGACAGUGGUGUACAUCCUUAAGGAACAUCCGAGACAAUGAGGAAAAAGAUUCUGCAUUUAGAGGCAUGUGCCAAAUGAUUACUGUUAAUCCUGGCGGCGUUGUACCAGACUUUAUCUUCUUCUGUGAUGCUGUUGCUUCUUGGGUUACACCUCAUGAUGAUCUCAAAGACAUGUUCCAAAAAAUUUUACAUGGUUUCAAAAAUCAAGUUGGUGCGGAUAAUUGGAAACGAUUUUCUGAUCAAUUCCCGCCGCAACUCAGUGAGCGGCUUCAUGGCAUGUACGGCGUCUGAACAGCCCCGCCUACUUAUUACGGCCGCUGUACGGGGCAGGCCGAAUGGGGUUGGGCGGGGAAUAAUAAUAAUGGGUCGACAGGGUGGGUGGGUGAAACCACGGCCUCUUCUCAUCGUCAUCGUGUCAUCAUAAUCGUCGUAGUCGUCACGUCGUCGUUGCCGUUGUAAGUCCCUCGGAAAAUUCGAUUUGAUCUCAACGUAAUAAAUCGUGAUCAUUUA